CAAGGUCUGCAAAAACAUUUUGCAAGGAUUUCUACCCGAAAAUGUUGCAUUUAAAAAAGAGACAAACACAAAAAUGAACAGGACGAAGAAGGUUUCAAUCCAUAGUACCCUCCCUUUAGAUAAUACUUUAGUAUAGAAAAUGAACAAAGUGUCAUAACUCUGUAAUUAGAAGGGAAUGAGACCUGAUUUCAGUUCCAUGGCUGUCGGCCAUUUCGACAGGCACUCAUGUUAAAAAAAUUGGCAAUUGAAGGUGACAGUAUAUGAAAUAUGGCACAGAAAAAUAAAAGUGCUGCACUGACUGACAUUCUGACCGACGGACUGACCAAUGGAGUAAAAAUUAAACAUGUAGUUUCUCUUGUUAGUACCAGUCGGUGAUGAAUAAAAGUAUAUAAGCUAGGUAGGCCGUCAAAUGGUUUUCUUUUAAUUUUUUUUUUUAACUCUGAGCAAAUAUCCUGACCUCUGUAGUACCUGUACUUGUCUUAGAAUGGGCAUAACAUUGUAGGGUUGGCAUUCAAUAUUAGGACAGACAUUCAUAUUUAUAGAGUAACCCAAAUCAGACAUUAUAACACUUUGUUUUACUUAUCAAUUGACCAUUCUCUGAUCAAAAUCAUUUAUUACAUUGUUUCACUUAUAAAAUGACCACUCUCUGAUCAAAAUCAUUUAUUACAUUGUUUUACUUAUCAAUUGACCAUUCUCUGAUCAAAGUCAUUUGUUACACAGUAAACUGAGGUGAGAACAGUGACAUGGCAUGCUGGUCAUAUAUGUCCAGCUUUUUAUUUGUACAAAGUGGGUACAAAACUUGUUAAUGAUAGAUAACUGUCUUGUAAAACAUGGCCACACUAAUCAUGCUUAUUUCAAAUUCUUGAUCGUAACAUAGACAAAUAGCCAGGUGUCCCUAUACAAGAACUCCUCUAAGGAACAUAUACGUUCUUAUAUAUAUGUCCUCUGAUGCAGAAUGGGAACACUAUUUAUAUAAUUGUGUGUCAUAUGGUCUAAAUCGUUGUAUAAAUUACAAUAUAGCACUCCUGUAAUCCUGGCAAUGUAGACAGACUAGUUGUCAAAUGUUGAGAGGUAACUGUUCAUUUUCGAAAAAAACCACCCUUCUUCAUGCUCAUUGUAUAGAUUUAGAUAUACACAAAGAUCUAUAUAACUACAGGUGCAGGUGUGAGCUAUUUUUGAGAUGUUAUAGACUUCCUGUUACACUGUUAAUUCACUGUGGGUGUUUUAGUGUCCAAACAUGUAAACAUUGCAACACAGACGUCAUCUAGCCACACGUUUGUCAGACAUACAUGUAUAUAUACAUAUAUCUAUACAUUCCUGAAUGCCCGAUGAUCAUGGCUCGUAAUACCAAAGUUUGGGAUGAGGUUGAAGUCGUUGACGUAGCCUAGUGAUGCCUUAUCUAGUCGUCGGGACCUGGACCUUUUCCAAGGCUGCUGUUGCUACAGCCGCACACUGUUUACAACAGAACCUGUCUUGUACGGAUGCUAUUGAGAAGGGGAUCAACCAAAUUGAAGAGGACGAGAGUUAUGGCCCCUGUGUUGUGGGAGUGGGCGGAUACAGGAAUGCGGCUGGUUUUCUGGAACUGGAUGCUGCUUUGAUGGAGGGGCGGGGACUGCGCAUGCGUUUUGGGGCUGUGACCGCGUUACAAGGGGUUCCACGUGCUGUCUCAGUGGCGAGAGCUGUAAUGGAAAACUGUUCUCACAACAUGCUUACCGGAAGUGGUGCCACUGCGUUUGCGAAGGAACAAGGCUUCACCAUAGACGAAAAGCUACUGACUGCCAAGACGAACUACGUGGAACCGCUUACUCCUGGUCACGACACACUUGGUGUAAUAGCAUUAGACGACCAGGGUAACAUCUGUACAGGGGUUUCAACAAGUGGAAGCGGAAACAAACAUUCCGGAAGAGUGGGAGACAGUGCACUUCCUGGAAACGGACUAUAUACAGACCCUGAGGUCGGGGCGGCUUGCUGUAGUGGUGACGGGGACCAGAUCAUGUUGUUCUGUCCCGGUUUCAGGGUUGUUCACCUUAUGAAAGAGGGAAAACAACCACAAACCGCAUGUGAGGAAGUGAUAAGUGACAUCCGCCGGAAGUGUGAUGGGCAGCUAUUUGAAGUGGCCAUAGUGGCGAUUAAUAUGAAGCACGAGUAUGGGGCGGCGUCGACACUGCAGACGUGGAGGGAUCCACUAACUGGUCAGGACAUCAAAGGAUUUCCUUAUGUGGUCUGCACUGACGGCAUGUCGGAACCGGAAAUAAGAAUUUCUAAGACUAACUUAAAAGCUUCAUGAAGACUCUUGUUACAAGAAAUUGGAUGAAUGGAUUUAACCAGAUUGUUUUAUAUGGUUCUCGCAUAAACAUAUCACAAUUUCAUUUUUUUUUGUUGCAAUGAAAUUAUAAAAUGGUUUUCU